AAUUCAAUCCGCUAGUAUUAAAAAAAUAAUACUGAAGCGGAUAUAAUGCAGAUUAUCCGUCUAGGACUAGUGCUGUGCGCUGCAAUAGCAGCUGCAUCGGCGAAUUGUGGAUCAGGGAUAUCAACUUUAUUUGCAUCAGCAGUUGCAAUUAAUGAAGCGGUAAGACAAAGUGCGGCAACAACAGUUCCAUCGACUACCCUCGUGAGUUCAGGACUGUCAGAUUGCAAAGGAAUACCAGCGAUAGAGCCGAAUUGCGGUGCAUCAUCAGGUACUCAGUAUGUACCUGAAGAUGAUUCAGUUUACGGACCAGAUGGGGGAUCAACACCAGUCGAGACGAUAACAGACGAUAACUCCGAUAAAUCAUCACCCUUCCAACCUAUCGGCGAUCUCUGUUCUCCCUCGUCCAGCAGCAAAGAUAUCAAACCAAUUGUCUUUCCCGCUCGUGCAGAUAUCCCUACACCUGAUGGGCUUGGAUUACACAGAGCGAAGGUUAAUGUUGAUUUUAUCCAAAAUCCUCUCUCCACGUACGGUCCAAGUGAUAGUCCAUAUUACUCACCAUCAAGUGGUCCAGUAACAUCACGCCUGCCAAACCAAGAUCCAUCAUCAUCUAGCGGGCCAGGAGGGUCAGAUUCAUCUAGAGUUAUUGGUUUUGGCAGUUCCGGGCCAGGCAGUCCUGGUAGCCAAGGUUCUCAAUUAGGGUUCGGAGUUUUCGGAGGUCUUGCUGGACCAUAUGGACCCUAUGGACCAUUUAAUAUUUAUGGUAGCAAACCAGGUGUAUCAGGAGGAUCAGGUCCACAAUCAGAAGGCAUCGGUUUUGGUGGUGCCGGCAGUGGGCAAUUCUCCGAAGGCUCAUACGGACCAUACGGACCAUACGGACCGUUUGGCGUUGAUGGCAGCGGAGCAGGUGGACCAGGAGGAUUAGGUCCUCAAUCAACACUCAUUGGUUUCGGUGGCGCCGGCAGUGGGCAAUUCUCUAAUGGAGCAUACGGACCAUACGGACCAUACGGACCGCUUGGCGAUGAUGGCAGCGGAGCAUGUGGACCAGGAGGAUUCGGUCCUCAUUCAAGACUUGGUUUCGGUGGCGCCGGCAGUGGGCAAUCCUCCAAAGGAGCAUACGGACCAUACGGACCAUACGGACCAUACGGACCAUACGGACCGUUUGGCGUUGAUGGCAGCGGAGCAGAUGGGCCAGGAGGAUUAGGUCCUCAUUCAAACUCACUCAUUGGUUUCGGUGGCGCCGGCAGUGGGCAAUUCUCUAAAGGAGCAUACGGACCGUACGGACCGUACGGGCCAUACGGAUCAUACGGACCAUUUGGCGUUGAUGGCAGCGGAGCAGGUAGACCAGCAGGAUUAGGUCCGCAAUCAAGACUCAUCGGUGCUGGUGGUGCCGGCAGUGGGCAGACCUCUGCAGGACCAUACGGACCAUACGGACCAUUUGGAGUUGAUGGUAGCGGACCAGGUGGACCAGGAGGAUUAGGUCCUCAAUCAGGACUCAUCGAUUUUGGUGGUUCCGGCAGUGGGCAGUCCUCCAGAGGGCCAUACGGAUCGUACGGACCAUUUGGUGUAUAUGGCAGUGGACCAAAUGGACCAGGAGGACUUGGAGUUCCUGGUGUCGGACAGUCCCCGAGUGGAUUAUAUGGAUCAUUGCCAUAUGGUGCUUACGGCAGUGGACCAGACGGUCUAGGAGGGCCAGGAGGAUCAGGACUUCCAGGCGGGCUACAAGGACUAGGAGGACGUGGAUUAUCAAGCAAACUAGGAGAAUCGGGAUUGUCUGGCAGACCGGGAAGCCUGGGAUCAAGACUCACCGGUGCUGGUGGCGUCGGCAGUGGGCAGACCACCAGAGGACCAUACGGACCAUUUGGCGUUGAUGGCAGCCGACCAGGUGGACCAGGAGGAUUAGGUCCCCAAUCAAGACUCAUCGGUUUUGGUGGUACGGGCAGUGGACAGUCCCUCACAGGACCAUACGGACCUUACGGACCGAUUGGAGUUGAUGGCAGCGGACCAGGUGGUCCAGGAGGAUUAGGUCCUCAAUCAGGACUCGUCGAUUUUGGUGGUGCCGGCAGUGGGCAGUCCUCCCGAGGGCCAUACGGAUCGUACGGACCAUUUGGUGUAUAUGGCAGUGGACCGAAUGGACCCGGAGGACCUGGAGCUCCUGGUGUUGGACAGUCCUCGAGUGGAUUAUAUGGAUCAUUACCAUAUGGUGCUUACGGCACUGGACCAGACGGUCUAGGAGGGCCAGGAGGAUCAGGAGGAUCAGGACUUCCAGGCGGGCUACAAGGACUAGGAGGACGUGGAUUAUCAAGCAAACUAGGAGAAUCGGGAUUGUCUGGCAGACCAGGAAGCCUAGGAUCAAGAUUCACCGGUGCUGGUGGUGUCGGCAGUGGGCAGACCUCCAGAGGACCAUACGGACCAUUUGGCGUUGAUGGCAGCGGACCAGGUGGACCAGGAGGACUUGGAGCUCCUAGUGUUGGACAGUCCUCGAGUGGAUUAUAUGGAUCAUUACCAUAUGGUGCUUACGGCAGUGGACCAGACGGUCUAGGAGGGCCAGGAGGAUCGGGAGGAUCAGGACUUCCAGGCGGACUACAAGGACUAGGAGGACGUGGAUUAUCAAGCAGACUAGGAGGAUCAGGAUUGUCUGGCAGACCAGGAAGCCUGGGAUCAUCAGGAUGGCCAGGGAGAUUGGGAUUAUCAGGUAGACGAGGUGGAUCAGGUUUAUCAGUCAGGCCAGGAAUACGAUUAUUAAACCCACCAGCAGAAUUACUCCUAUCAAAUACUCAACCGGAAUGCGUUGGCAGCAGAACACCAGGCAAAUAUGGUCAAUCUUCCAGGGGACCAAACGGUGGAUACCCACGGUUCUCACCUGGACAAUCCGCUCGCGGACAAUCCGCGCGCGGACAAUCCGCGCGCGGACAAUCCGCUCGCGGACAAACCGCCCGCAUACAAACCGCCCUUGGACAAUCCCCUCGCGGACCAAACGCUAUUGUCGAUGUCAAUUUGGAUGCCUCUGCUUCUCCUCUGUCCUUUGAGGAACAGGAGAGAAUUUACAAUGGCGCCAGUGGAAGCACUCCAAAAAUCCCAGCUGAUCCAGUGUCUGUUGCUAUUGCUUACAAGCAACUUCUUCAACCACUCCAGAAUCUUGCCCGAGGUGAGCUUCCAGGAAAAGACAAACAUGCAGCUGAAGAAACCCUUCACUUCGGUCCCAAAACAAUACCUACUGAUGAACGUCAGGACGUUGCCGCUAUAGAUGUCCCUGAGGAAAAACUCAGUAUCGUUGACAAACCGGUUGUUGAGUUGAAACCAGAAGCAUUCGCUAAUCUUCACAGCGCAUCAGCAGCACUUCUGUCUGACGACGAUGACUUGGACGACGAUCUGAAGGACCAGAAGGGUGCAGCACCUGGUGGUGGUUAUGUCACUUACAGCGACUUGGGGUAUUCCCCGAUUGCACCAGAUGGCAGCGUUAUCGGAACAAUUUACGCGCCACCAGACGACGCGGCAGUAAUAGAAGAUCCUUCUAUGUACCAACCUUGCGGUCCUUCACUUCCUGGAUUCAAACCUGGAGGCAUCACCUACGAGCAACGCGAGAGUCGUCCGGACGUCGUGUGCUACUGUCACGAUUCUUAUGAUGGUGAGGGUUUGCCCGACGAAGGAGCCGUCUUCAGUGAAGAUCCUCAGGGUGAUGGUGUUGUGCCCACGAGGCAAAAUGCGUACAAAAACGACGACAGAGGACAAUUAAGCAAAUUGUGGCAGUCGACGGUUGAUCGCUGUUGUCCAAGUUAGAGAGAAAAUACUGAUGAAUAAUGAGUUUAAUCAUUUGCAAUCCGAAGGCUGAUGGGAGAUCAUGAUGUGCGAUCAUGAGUAUCGCGUGAACUAGUCGAUUUCCGAUUACUGUUGAAAUAUUGUCGAUAAUCUGCAUUUUGCAGGCAAUAAUAAAUCGUCAUUCAAUAAAUAUCAUUCAA